AUGGCGAGUGGAUCCUGCAACGAACUCCUCUUGACUUACACGGAGGCAAGGAUCCCCCACCGGAAAGGUCUCCUGCAUAGGAACCACCAGAACAGGAGCGCUGCCACAGAAACGGAACCAGGAAACCAGCAUCACAAGGAAACACCUGAAACGACCAUCGUACCGCUUGGCAGAUCGACCUCCUCCACGACAAAAAUAAGGAAGCCAUCUCCAGCAGAUUGGUCCAGAUACAGCUACUCUUGUAUGCUGCAUAAUCCAGGAGGAACUAGAACAAGAAACCAGGAACUAAGCAUCACAAGGAAACACCUGAAACGACCACCGUACCGCUUAGCAGAUCAACCUCCUACACGACAAAAAUAA